AUGGCAGAAGAGAAGUCGCCCAUAACUCAACAAAUUCAAAGCGGCACCAGUCGGGGGAGUGGAUCUCCGCUGGUCAGUGUAGACCUCCGAGAAGUGGAAGACUGCGUCAUUUACGACCGCCACGGAACGUGCAUCCCGUUCAAAAGUUUGUUCCAAGACAGGAAGUCGAUCAUCAUCUUUGUGCGGAAUUUCUUAUGUUACAGUUGCAAAGAGUAUGUGGAUGAUCUGAGCAAAAUACCCGAAGUGAUUCUGAAGGGUGCCGGCGUUAGUCUUGUUGUCAUUGGUCAAUCUGCUCAUCAUCACAUACAGCCUUUCUGCUCAUUGACGGGAUACGCUCAUGAGAUCUACGUUGACCCCAAGAGGAUCAUUUACCAAAAGCUUGGGAUGAAACGUGAAGCGAAGUUUACAGACUCAGCCCAGCCCAGUCCUCAUGUGAAGUCUGGUGUAUUUAUGGGUCAAAUGAAGAGUUUAUGGAGAGCCAUAACGAGUCCUGUAUUCGACUUCCAGGGGGAUAUUUAUCAGCAAGGUGGUGCCAUCAUUGCAGGACCAGGCCCUCAAGUCCAUUUCUUACAUUUUGAUGCAAAUCAUCUUGACCACAUGCCUAUCAACUGGCUGCUGCAGCUCGCCGGAAUUGAAGUCACUUUAAACUUCAGCAAACAAGCAAAGGUUAUCCAUGUGUAG